CGCACAGCAGUUCAGUUGAACAAGUGGCGCGAAAUUAAAAGGUUCUAACUUCGCCUUAUCUACUGCACGUGUGUUUGAGUUUUCUCUAUAUUUUUCUAUUAGAUUUUGAUAAAUAUGUGGUUAGAAUUAGUUUUAUUGUUCUCUUUCGCGAUUUAUUUGUUUUAUAUAUGGGCCACGGUAAAUAAUGAUUUCUUCGUUAAACGCGGAAUUGCGUAUAAGAAGCCCGUAUUCAUGUUUGGUAACAUGUGGGAGUUGGUUUUAAGACGUAAAUCAAUAAUUGAUAUAGUUGUUGACUUAUAUAGUGAACACGAUGGGCAAGUCUAUGGCUUUUUCGAUCAACGACAACCGGUGCUCUUAAUACGAGAUCCCGAGUUGCUAAAACAGAUAACUGUCAAGGAUUUUGAUCAUUUUGUUAACCAUCGUACGGACUUUGGCGAUGAAAACGAUAAAAAUAAUCUCUUUGGUGCUUCAUUGUUUAUGAUGAAAGAUAGCCGUUGGAAAGAUAUGCGCAGUACUUUGAGCCCAGCUUUUACCGGCAGUAAAAUGCGACAAAUGUUUCAGUUAAUGAAUAAGGUCGCCAAUGAUGCUACGGCCUAUUUAAAGCAACAACAGAAAGAAAGUGCCAGUCAAGGCCUCGAAAUAGAUGUCAAAAAUUUCGUUACUCGAUACAGUAAUGACAUAAUUGCAUCGACUGCGUUCGGCUUAGAAGUAAAUUCGUUCGAAAAUAAUAAUAACGAAUUCUAUCUGAUGGGCAAGAAAGUGACUACUUUUACAUUUAUACAAAAUUUAAAAUUUUUCCUCUACGUGCACAUAGGAAAAUUAAUGAAGCUUCUAGGGAUCGGGCUAUUUGAUAAGAAGUCAACCGAAUACUUUAUGCAUUUGGUCUUGGAUGCGAUGAAAUAUCGUAAAGAAAAUCAUAUUAUAAGGCCAGAUAUGAUUAAUAUGCUAAUGGAGGCAAGAGGCAUGCUGAAAAGUGACAACUUGAAAUCACAUAAUCGCGAGUGGAGCGACAUCGAUAUUGUGGGGCAAUGCUUUUUAUUUUUCUUUGCUGGUUUCGAGACAGCUGCCUCGCUAAUAUGUUUGCUUGCCCAUGAGGUUAUGGAAAAUCCCGAUGUUCAAGAGAAACUCUUACAAGAAAUUCAGGAUGUCGAUCGUAAUUUGAAUGGCAAAGCCUUAACUUAUGAUGCAAUACUGAAUAUGCGUUACAUGGAUAUGGUUGUUUCUGAGACAUUACGCAAAUGGAGCGCAGCUCCUGUAAUGGAUCGGGUGUGUACCGAUGAUAUAACUUAUGAGCUGAAAACCGGUCAAAAGUUGGAAAUUAAAAAAGGUGACGCUCUUUGGAUACCAGCUAUUGGUAUACAUCGUGAUCCUCAAUAUUAUGAAAAUCCCAAUAAAUUUGAUCCCGAACGUUUUAGUGAGGAGAAUAAGGAUAAUAUAAAACCAUUUACAUAUUUACCUUUUGGGUUAGGCCCUAGAAAUUGUAUUGGUCGGUGAUUAAGUGACUGAUGGCCAGUCUAUCGUAUAUU